UUUAUGGACGAAAUACGGGUGGGAAAAAAAUGACUGGUUUUAAUUUACCAAAAUUGCAACGUAGCUGUCUGUAUGUAUUAAGCAAGACGUGGUGGAGCGCUAGUGUGUACAUUGUGCUAAGCUCUGGGAAGGGCUCAGUUUGGCCCUUUCCUAACAAGACCCUGAAAGAAUGUCUGAAAAACCGAUCCGAAUUGCCAUAGUGAACCAUGAUAAAUGCAAGCCAAAGAAAUGCAAGCAGGAGUGCAAGAAGAGCUGCCCGGUGGUCCGAAUGGGCAAACUGUGUAUAGAGGUCACCACACAAAGCAAAAUCGUAUGGAUAUCUGAAUCGCUCUGUAUAGGAUGCGCUAUCUGCAUCAAGAAAUGUCCAUUUGGUGCUUUGGCUAUCGUCAACCUGCCGAGUAACCUGGAGAAAGAGACCACACACCGAUACUGUGCCAACUCUUUUAAACUACACAGGUUACCAAUCCCCAGACCAGGAGAGGUUUUAGGGCUGGUCGGUACUAACGGCAUUGGAAAAUCAACAGCACUGAAGAUCCUCGCUGGAAAACAGAAGCCCAACCUGGGGAAAUUUGAUACUCCCCCUGACUGGCAGGAAAUCCUGGCUUACUUCCGAGGAUCUGAACUGCAGAACUACUUCACAAAGAUCCUGGAAGACGAUCUGAAAGCCAUUGUGAAGCCUCAGUACGUCGACCAGAUCCCCAAAACUGUCAAGGGAAGCAUAGGCUCUAUUCUGAGCAGGAAGGAUGACACUAAGACAGAGACUGUAGUCUGUGAGCAACUCGAUCUGACUCAUCUCAGGGACAGGAAUGUUGAGGAUCUGUCAGGAGGAGAGCUGCAGCGUUUCGCCUGUGCAGUGGUGUGCAUCCAGAGAGCAGACAUUUUCAUGUUUGAUGAGCCCUCCAGUUACUUGGAUGUGAAGCAGCGUUUGAAAGCUGCCAUCACCAUUCGCUCUCUUAUCACACCAGACAGAUACGUAAUUGUUGUAGAGCAUGAUCUGAGUGUUCUGGACUACCUGUCGGACUUCAUCUGCUGUCUGUAUGGAGUACCCAGUGCCUACGGUGUCGUUACCAUGCCCUUCAGUGUACGAGAAGGCAUCAACAUUUUCCUGGACGGAUACGUGCCGACUGAGAACCUCCGGUUCCGUGACACUUCACUGGUUUUCAAAGUAGCUGAGACGGCCACUGAAGAGGAGGUGAAGAAGAUGUGUCGAUACCAGUACCCCAAUAUGAAGAAGGCCAUGGGUGACUUCGAGCUGAGGAUCAUUGAGGGCGAGUUCACUGACUCUGAGAUCAUGGUCAUGCUUGGAGAAAACGGAACUGGCAAAACUACAUUCAUUAGGCUGCUCGCUGGCCGAUUAAAACCAGAUGAUGGAGGAGAAGUCCCGAUCCUCAACGUCAGCUACAAACCUCAAAAGAUCAGCCCCAAAUUCAAAGGUAGCGUGCGUGCCCUGCUGCACGAGAAGAUCAGGGAUGCGUACACACACCCGCAGUUCGUCACAGACGUCAUGAAGCCUAUGCAGAUUGACAGCAUCAUCGAUCAGGAUGUUCAGAACCUGUCCGGAGGAGAGCUGCAGAGAGUAGCGCUCGCUCUGUGUCUGGGUAAACCUGCAGACGUCUACCUGAUAGACGAGCCCUCGGCAUACCUGGACUCAGAACAGCGGCUGAUGGCUGCCAGAGUUAUCAAACGAUUCAUCCUGCAUGCAAAGAAGACAGCUUUUGUAGUCGAGCAUGACUUCAUCAUGGCCACGUACCUGGCUGACCGUGUUAUUGUGUUCGAUGGAGUUCCGUCACAGAGAACGACUGCCAACACGCCACAGAUGCUGCUUGCUGGCAUGAACAAGUUCCUUUCACUGCUGGAGAUUACGUUCAGGAGAGACCCCAACAACUUCAGACCAAGAAUCAACAAGCUCAAUUCCAUUAAGGAUGUUGAACAGAAGAGAAGUGGCAACUAUUUCUUCCUCGAUGAUUAGCUCUACACGUCAUAAACUUCGAUAAGAGAAUGAAGGAGGAGGUGAUACUCUGCUGCUUCUGAGGUCUUCUGUAAUGCUGCUUUAAGUGAGCUGCUGUUAGGUGGAUUUGAUUUUCCAUCCACAAGGAGUUAGUAUCUAGCUAGUAUUUAAGAGGCAACACUAUAAAUAUAAUCAUUUCCUCAGUGUGGGUCUUCUUAAUCCAAUUUCAGUGUUUGGCCACUAGAAGGCAGCAGACUACCAGUACUGCUGUCAGUAUGGCUCUAAAUUCUCCUGUCUUUUAAUAUGUGGAUUAAAAGUGAUAUGGAUGAGA